AGUUACUAAAAAAAAAAAACAUUCUCGCAUACUUUCACUGUUUUUCUUCCCCGAUGUCUCCACCUCAGUAUUCAUUUGGCUACGAGCUGAAAUCAAAACAAGUGCGCGCUUACCAGGUACAUGACCUUGGAAGCGUGAGAAAAGCUAUCAUCGCGAACCUUCAAGAGUAUCUCGAUUACGAAGGUGUUGCCGAAGAAGAACCUACGUCACUUAAGAACAUCUUUCUCAAGGUCGUGACAAUUUGUGGCGCAGCCGGUAUUUAUGUCAUGAGCAAGUCGAACGUUUCGGGUGCUUGGCUACUGGGAAGUAUUGCCGCUUUCGCUGCCUUAGUUGUGUUUCAAUACGCCUGUAGUGUCAUGGAGCACAGUGAAGACGUUGUUUUUGUAGGCACCGGCAAAGCACUUUCUCACUCAUCACGGGCGCAAAAGCCGUGUUUUGUGAAGCUGAAAAAUCAGCGUCUCUGCAUUCGCAUCCGGCAGGACAACGUUGAAAUACCCGUUAUUCAGUUUGAGACACAGAUCAUUGGGAACUCCAAGCUCUUUUCGCCGCCGACCGUUUACAGUCGAAACGAGCAGACUGUCCAGUACGGACAGUUUUUUGGCUCUACGGGCUUUUUCUUCCCUCCUCCGUUCAUCAAACUCGUUGAUAGCAUGCUGGAUGCUGUCACGUCGAAGAAACAGAAGUAG